CUAUCACUAAGGUUUCUUUGUCAGGAGGACUCUGAGAUUUGGGAGUCAACUAUCACUAAGGUUUCUUUGUCAGGUGGACUCUGAGAUUUGGGAGUCAACUAUCACUAAGGUUUCUUUGUCAGGAGGACCCUGCGAGUUCGUUUGGACCCUGAUUGUUUCUCUGGACCCUUAACAGCUGACGACGUGAUGUUCCAGGGCGUGUCUGAGAUCGCGGCGCUGUGCGGGCUGGUGGGUCUGAUCGGAGCAGCCGCCGUCACCGGGAUGCCCAUGUGGAAGGUUACGGCCUUCAUCGGAGAGAACAUCAUCAUCAUGGAGACGCGCUGGGAGGGCCUGUGGAUGAACUGCUAUAGACAGGCCAACAUCAGGAUGCAGUGUAAAGUGUACGACUCUCUGCUGUAUCUCCCCGCAGACCUGCAGGCUGCCAGGGGCUUGAUGUGCUGCUCUCUGGCUCUCUCAGGGAUGGGUCUACUGGGGGCUCUAGCAGGGAUGCGUUGUACCUCCUGCAUCCAGGACAACGACCGCGUUAAGAGCCUCAUCCUCAUGGUGGCUGGAGGCAUGCAGUUACUGGCCUCUAUCUGUGUGUUCAUCCCAGUCUCCUGGACGGCUCACGCCAUAAUCCGUGACUUCUAUAACCCUUUGCUGAUUGACGCCCAGCGCAGGGAGUUGGGAGAGGCUCUCUACAUCGGUUGGGUGACCGGAGCCUUCCUCCUGACCUCUGGGCUUCUCUUCCUCUGUCGCCGCGUCCACUCCAACAAAGCCUCGUUCGAUAUCUUUCACCCAGCCAACGGGAUCAACAAGCCCACUCUGAUGCACUACCAUCCCAUCUCUAGCAUUCUUAGCGUGAGGGCUCACCGCCAGCCCGGUCUGAACCACCAACAAAGUCACAGCUUCGAUGCAUACCAACACCACCAAGCUCCGAUUCUUCAUAACGUUCCUUAUGGACAACAAGGGGUCGUCAUGAACCCUCCUGCUGCUGUGUAUGACUCCAGCUCGGUGGAGAACGUUGGGCCGUUGGUCUAUCACCAUGGCAACGGACGUCAUGUUGACGGACACCAUCCCUCCACCUCUAACAGCUCCAACUACGUCAGCAGCCUGUCCACUCUGGCUGACUCCCUAUACAUCAGCCAACAGACUCCGUACUCCUAUAACCACCUGACCGCUCCGUAUACCACAUAUACCGGUAGUCAACAGAGUUAUCCAUACUCCUACAGUCAUCCAGGAAACCUGUCUGUUUCACACAACUCCAGUUUUCAAGCCGUACCUCAGAAUCCUGUUUUUAUCGGGUAUAAGGGCUCCAGAGUUCAACCAAGCAGUGUUGGUGUGUACAUCUGAAUAGACUGCAAAGAGACCAGUCAUCGUCUGAUGUUUGGGACAGUUAUAGCUGUGUAGAGUGUUCAGUGUUUGGGACAGUUAUAGCUGUGUAGAGUGUUCAGUGUUUGGGACAGUUAUAGCUGUGUAGAGUGUUCAGUGUUUGGGACAGUUAUAUCCGUGUAGAGUGUUCAGUGUUUGGGACAGUUAUAUCCGUGUAGAGUGUUCAGUGUUUGGGACAGUUAUAGCUGUGUAGAGUGUUCAGUGUUUGGGACAGUUAUAGCUGUGUAGAGUGUUCAGUGUUUGGGACAGUUAUA